AUGCCGGCUAUUUGUGUCAACGGCUGGGACCCAGCAGGACGGCUCAGCCAUGUGUCCCAAGAGCCAGGUAAUCUUCACCUUGAGACAGGGUCGAGGCGGCCAAGGAUGAAAGUCAAAAGGUCGGAGCUUGGCUGGGAUCUUCGAGGUGACUGCCAAGACAUGAUACGAUGCUCCCUCGGACGAGCUACCCCGUAA